CAUUCAUAUUUUUCCUCAUAUAUAUAAAAACCCUUCUCCGAUAUUCCUCCAUUCAGUUUGCACCCAUCCGCCCCUCUCCGCCCCCUUUUCCCCUUUUUCCAGUCGCGCGAGUCUCUUCGGACUCUGCCUUCAUUUCGAUCCCCCUAAAAGCGGUUUAUGAGCUCUAAGGAGAAGCCCACUCUCGGUGGCACGCGGAUUAAGACCCGCAAACGGAAUAUUGCUGCGCCGCUGGACCCUGCGGCAUUUUCGGAUGCAGUGGUCCAGAUUUACUUGGAUAAUGCUGGUGAUCUGGAGCUUGUUGCAAAGAGCAUUGAAUCUUCAGAUCUUAAUUUCUCAAGAUACGGGGACACCUUUUUUGAGGUGGUUUUCAGAGGGGGCCGUACACAAUCUGGCACUGUCAAACUUGAGGAGGGGGAGCGUCACCCUUACUCCAUAAUUGACUGUGAGCCUAAGCGGGAAGUUAUUCUGCCUUCUGUAAUAUAUAUUCAGAAGCUUUUGAGGAGGAAGCCUUUUCUCAUAAAGAAUCUUGAAAAUGUUAUGCAAAGAUUCCUUCAAUCUUUGGAACUUUUCACAGAUGAUGAAAGGAAGAAGCUUGGUAUAUUCACAGCACUUGCCUUUUCCCAGAAAUUGUCGGGUCUCCAGCCUGAGACGGUGUUCCAACCACUACUCAAAGAUAAUAACCUUGUUGCCAAAGGGAUAGUUCUUUCAUUCAUCACUGAUUUUUUCAAGGAAUAUCUCAUUGAUAAUAGUCUGGAUGACCUCGUUUCAAUUUUGAAGCGGGGAAAAAUGGAGGACAACCUUCUGGAUUUUUUCCCAACUUCUAAGCAGACACCAGAAGCAUUAUCUGAGCAUUUCAACAAGGAGGAGCUUAAACCAUUGGUUGAGUACUAUGAAAAGAAAGUAUUUGAGGUUAAGCUUAAGGAAAUGAAAACUGCAAUAACAACUCAGAUAUCAGAAGAGGCUGAUGUGGCUGAAGUCAUAGAAACUGUCAAACAACAUGUGAAAGAUUCUAAAUUUCCGGACAUUGAGGUUGUUCGGAUUCUAUGGGAUGUCCUGAUGGAUGCUGUCCAAUGGUCUGGGAAAAAUCAGCAGCAAAAUGCUAAUUCAGCACUUCGCCAGGUAAAAUCAUGGGCUGAGCUGCUUAAUGCCUUCUGCACCAGCGGAAGGCUCCAGCUUGAACUUAUGUACAAAGUUCAGGUCCAGUGCUACGAAGAUACCAAGCUGAUGAAACUAUUUCCCGAAAUCAUUAAGUCGCUCUACGAUCAGGAUGUGCUUGCCGAAGACACCAUUCUUCACUGGUUCCGUAAAGGAACAAACCUCAAGGGCAGGCAAACAUUUGUGAAGUCGUUGGAGCCGUUGGUGAAAUGGCUAGAGGAGGCUGAGGAAGAAGACUGAGUUGUUAUUACUUGUUGCUUUUAACCGCACUUGGAUAUUGAAUUGUUGCGCUAUCCUUACCAAAUUACUUAUGAAGAGUUUUUAUUUUAGAGUGUGGGGACAAAAUCUUAUUAGUUUGUGAAACCGAUAAAUGUUGAGUGUGCUCGUAUGUUUAAACUAAACAGGCGUGUGCUGAUCCAAUUAUUUGCUUGUAGCCGGAGAGUGAAAUCGACAUGGACAUGGUAUGCUUGCUCGCUUGUUUGCUUUCA